AUGUCCGCCGACGACGGCGAGCUCUCGCAGGGCUCGGCCGCGGACUACGAAGACGACGACGACGCGUUCGCGGACGACACCGCUUGCUUGAACGCCGCGGAGCACGUCGUCGUCCCGAGGGCGGCGUAUCAGUGCUUCGGCGCGGUCGAAGUCCGCGCGAAGCAGAGCGAAGCCAUCGCGCGCGUCGUCGCGGUCCUCCAGGUGAACACAGACGAAGCGACGCAGCUCCUCAGGACGUUCAAGUGGAACGUGAACACCGUGAACGAGGAGUGGUUCGCGGACGAGGAGCGCGUGCGAACGUCCGCGGGGUUGCUCCCGCGCGACGCGGACGCGAGCGAACCCGAACCCGAGCGCGUCGUCCGAUGCGGCGUGUGCUUCGAGGACUUUUCCGCGGACGCGUCCACGAACCCGGGGUGCCGCCACGACUUCUGCGGGGAGUGCUGGAGAGGAUACCUCGAGAACGCGGUAGAUAACGGACCGUCGUGUCUAGACGCGCGGUGCCCGCACGAGGGGUGCGGCGCGCGCGUCACCGAGGCGCUCGCUCGAAGGUUUUUGAGCGACGCCGCCGCGGAGAAGCUCUCGACGUUUCAGUGGCGAUCGUGGGUGGACGAUAAUCCGAGAGUGAAGUGGUGCGUCGGUCCGGGGUGCGAGCGGUCCGUGCAGAUCGACGUCGUGCGUGGGGAAAGGCCAGUAGACGUGACGUGCCACUGCGGGACGUCGUUCUGCUGGCAGUGCCAGGAGCAAGCGCAUCGACCGGUGGACUGUGAGACGGUUCGCAAGUGGUUGAUUAAAAACAGCGCGGAGAGCGAGAACAUGAACUGGAUCUUAGCGAACACGAAGCCGUGCCCGGAGUGCAAGCGGCCGAUCGAGAAGAGCAUGGGGUGCAUGCACAUGACGUGCUCGCAGUGUCAGUACCAGUUCUGUUGGAUGUGCCAGGGGAAGUGGGCGGACCACGGCGAGCGCACGGGCGGGUUUUACGCGUGCAACACGUACGAGAAGGAGAAGAAGUACACGAAAAACUUUAGCGAGGACGAGAAGAGGCGCGCUCUCGCGAAGAGCUCGCUGGAGCGGUACAUGCACUACUACGAGCGCUGGCUCGCGCACGGAUCGUCGCAGGUCAAGGCGGUGAACGAUCUGAAGGAGAUGACCGAGAGCAAGAUCGCGCGGCUGGGCGACCUUCAGAACACGCCGGCGAGUCAGUUGAAGUUCGUCAUGGACGCGCUCGAACAGAUCGCGGAGUGUCGCCGCGUGCUGAAGUGGACGUACGGGUACGGGUUCUACAACAUGGAAGAUGACGGGAUGAAGAAGAAGUUUUUCGAGUACAUCCAAGCCGACGCGGAGGUGGGGUUAGAGCGUCUGACGAAAGCCGUGGAGACGGACCUCGAGGAGUUUUUCCACGAAGAGAAAACCGCGGAGGAGUUCGACACGUUCCGAGGCGUGUUGACCGGGUUGACCUCGGUCACCGCGAAGUACUUCAAGACGCUCGUGACCGAGCUCGAAGAAGGGCUCCCGGGCGUGGAGAGCGAAGCCGUCGACGCCGCCGGCGGCGGGAAAAAGCCCGGGGUGCUCACCCGCCUCGCCGCCGCCGGCGGCGGCGCGGGGAAGUGAGCGCGCUCGGCGGGGGGGCGGCGGCGACGCCGGGGACGGGACGACGAGACGAGGCGACGCGUAGCGGCGCGCGCGAACGAUCGAAAACGAAACGAAACGAAAC